CAUUCAUGUUUUCUUCGUUGUUGUGCUCGGUUGCGCAGCGGAGAAACAGUGCAAACAGUGCUCUUAUUUUUUAAAUAAAAUUCUGUUCGCGGAAUAUGCAACAAUUAUCAUAACAUAAAAGUGUUGUCUGUUUAAAUUGUGCAAGUGCAAGAGUGUGAGUAAGUGAACACUAUGCAGAACCACAAACAAGGCGCUUUGUUUUUGCGCUCAUCUGCGAUGCUGUUAUUGUUUUCGGCAUCUGUGUUGUUGUUGCUCCAAGGAGCUCACUGUAAAUCUGAUGUCGAUGCCGCUGCUGAUGGCGUUGUGGCUGCCCCCGAAGUUGUUGCAGCUGCAACACCAACGCAGUCUAAUUUGAAUGAUAAUGUCAAAGUCUUCACUGUGGCCAGCGAGCCAACCGAUGGAUAUCGUCGUUACAUUCGCUCUACGACCGUCUACGAUAUCGAGGUGACAACCCUUGGCAUGGGCGAAGAAUGGAAAGGAGGGGAUAUGAAGUCUGCUGGCGGCGGAGUUAAAAUUAAUUUGCUGCGCGAAGCCAUUAAGUCAUUGAAGGAUGCACAGGAUACCAUCAUAUUAUUUACAGAUAGCUACGAUGUCAUCUUUACCACCACGCUUGAGGACAUUGUUGAAAAGUUCAAGGAGUCCGGUGCCAAGUUGUUGUUCUCAGCGGAAAAGUUCUGUUGGCCCGAUAAGAGCCUGGCUAAUAAGUAUCCCGAGGUGGAGGGCAAGGCAUCCCGUUAUCUGAACUCUGGUGCAUUUAUUGGUUAUGCGCCCGAAGUUUAUGCACUGCUUGAGGACACCAUUGAGGAUACUGGAGAUGAUCAGUUGUACUAUACGAAAGUGUUCCUGGACGAGACGAAGCGUUCCAAGCUGGGCAUGAAACUGGACACACAAUCGCGUCUAUUCCAGAAUCUGCAUGGUGCCAAAAACGAUGUGAAGCUUAAAGUGGAUCUGGAUUCCAAUCAGGGCACAUUGCAGAACCUUGACUUUAUGACCACGCCCGCCAUUAUCCAUGGCAAUGGAUUGAGCAAAGUUGACUUGAAUGCCUAUGGCAAUUACCUGGCCAAGACUUUCAGCGGCAUCUGUACUUUCUGUCAGGAGAAUCCCUUGGAGUUGAAUGAACAAGAACUGCCUAUGAUUACGUUGGCUAUAAUGGUGCCACAAGCUGUGCCCUUCUUUGAUAUGUUUCUUGCCAGCAUUGAGAAGAUCAACUAUCCCAAGGAUCAUAUGCAUCUUUUCAUGUAUACAAAUGCUCCACUGCACGAUGAACUCAUCGAGUCCUAUGUGAAAAAUCAGGGCAAGCAAUAUGCCAGCGCCAAGUUUGUGCUCUCUGUGGAUGAGCUGGAUGAACGUGCGGGCAGACAGUUGGCGCUCGACAAGGCGCAAAUGCAACACAGUGACUACCUUUUCUUUGUCGACGGCGAUGCUCACAUCGAUGACGGUGAGGUUCUCCGUGAGCUGCUCAGGAUGAACAAGCAAUUUGUGGCUCCUCUGUUCUCCAAGUACCACGAGUUGUGGAGUAACUUUUGGGGCGCACUCUCCGAGGGCGGCUAUUAUGCGAGAUCCCACGAUUAUGUGGACAUUGUCAAGCGAGAUCUGAUCGGCAUGUUCAAUGUGCCACAUGUGACGAGCAUUUAUCUGGUCAAGCAUAGCGCCUUUGAUGCCAUCAAAUAUGAACACAAAGAAUUCGAUCCCGAUAUGGCCAUGUGCGAAUCUCUAAGAAAUGCGGGCAUCUUUAUGUACAUCAGUAAUGAGCGUUAUUUCGGUCAUCUGGUCAAUGUGGACAACUUCAACAGCAGCGUUGUGCGUCCAGAUUUCCAUACGUUGUUCAGCAAUAACUACGAUUGGACUUUAAAGUACAUUCAUCCAAAUUAUUCGGCACAGUUGAAUGAGAGCAUGGUCAUACCACAACCGUGUCCAGAUGUCUACUGGUUCCAUAUUGUAACGGAUGCAUUCUGUGAUGAUCUAAUUGCCAUUAUGGAGGCACAUGGAAAGUGGUCGGAUGGCAGCAACAGUGAUAAGCGUUUGGAGGGAGGUUACGAGGCGGUUCCCACCCGUGACAUUCAUAUGCGUCAGGUGGGACUCGACACCCUCUAUCUGAAGUUCCUGCAACUGUUUGUUCGACCUCUGCAGGAGCGCGUCUUUACUGGAUAUUUUCAUAAUCCGCCACGCUCGCUGAUGAACUUUAUGGUGCGUUAUCGUCCCGAUGAGCAGCCCUCAUUGCGUCCACAUCACGAUUCAUCCACUUACACCAUUAAUAUCGCCAUGAAUAGUGUGGGAAUCGAUUACGAGGGAGGCGGUUGCCACUUUUUGCGCUACAAUUGCUCUGUUACGGAGACAAAGAAAGGAUGGAUGUUGAUGCAUCCUGGUCGCUUGACCCACUUCCACGAGGGACUGCUCGUAACCAAGGGCACACGCUACAUUAUGAUAUCGUUCAUCGAUCCAUAGAUGUGAAUAUCCCAAUGUAAUACUGCCAUACCGGUUACUCCAAAGAUUUUAUUCUUAGUAUAUUCUAAAUGUGGAGUAUUUAAGCAGAUAUCGAAUCAAAUCUAGUUUAGUUUUUGGAUUGUGGUCUUAUUGCCUUAGUUGCAGUUCGUUUGCGAAAAAGUUUUUGACUCAACAAAUCCAUAAUUUGCCUCGAAACUCCAGGGUCUGAAAUGAAACUAUUUACUCAUUAAGUUUAUUGUAAGUUUUUUGAAAAGUGUUCAAUUCUAUAAACAAAGCAAUUUAAAAUAAUGUUGCAAAUAUAAAAAAUUUGUUUUAUUGAUUAA